UUUCACUUGAUUUUACUUGUCCACACUAUUACAUUUCUUUCUGAUUUUAGUCAGACAAGUGGAUAGUCGAGUGAUUGUAAUCUGUGUAUAGAGAUAUAAUGACGUCCAAAGUAUCGCGUGAUACUCUUUAUGAAUGUGUGAAUGCUGUCCUCCAACACUCACAAGACAAAAAAAGGAAAUUCUUAGAAACAGUGGAGCUCCAAAUUGGAUUGAAGAAUUAUGAUCCACAAAAGGACAAACGUUUCUCAGGCACUGUCAAGUUAAAAAAUAUUCCAAGACCAAAAAUGCAAGUUUGUGUUUUGGGAGACCAACAACAUUGUGAUGAAGCUAAAGCUAACAAUAUUCCAUAUAUGGAUGCAGAAGCAUUGAAAAAAUUGAAUAAAAAUAAAAAACUUGUGAAAAAACUAGCCAAAAAAUAUGAUGCUUUCUUAGCUAGUGAAUCUUUAAUUAAACAAAUUCCACGUAUUCUUGGUCCUGGUCUAAAUAAAGCUGGUAAAUUUCCUGGUCUUCUUUCUCAUCAAGAAUCAAUGGUAGGGAAAAUUGAUGAAGUGAAAGCUACAAUUAAAUUUCAAAUGAAAAAGGUAUUAUGUUUGUCAGUAGCUGUAGGACAUGUGGAAAUGACUCCAGAUGAACUAGUACAAAAUGUACAUCUUUCAAUUAAUUUUUUGGUUUCAUUAUUGAAAAAACAUUGGCAAAAUGUGCGUUCUCUUCACAUUAAAUCUUCAAUGGGACCUCCUCAAAGAUUAUAUUAAUGUAAUUGGUAUAAUAAUAUUUCUCAUGCAUAAUGAAAAAAUAAAACAAGAAUAAAAGUGUAA